UAUAAUUCCAAUACGACGGCGGACCUCACUGCAGAAAAAUCGGGAAGAAAAAGCUCUCCAGCAUCGAGGAAGGAAGAGGGAGGAAAUCAACUCAAAGCUCCGCUAGAUUCCAAGCAUCACAGCGUCAAUGUCAGUAACAUUGCACACGAAUCUGGGGGAUAUAAAGUGCGAGAUCUUCUGUGACGAGGUUCCCAAGAGUGCCGAGAACUUUCUGGCGCUAUGUGCAAGUGGGUAUUACGAUGGGACAAUCUUUCACAGGAAUAUCAAAGGCUUCAUGAUUCAAGGCGGAGACCCAACCGGAACUGGGAAAGGAGGAACUAGCAUCUGGGGAAAGAAAUUCAAUGACGAGAUUCGUGACUCCCUUAAGCACAAUGCAAGAGGGAUGCUGUCGAUGGCAAACAGUGGGCCAAACACAAACGGAAGCCAGUUCUUCAUAACCUAUGCAAAACAACCUCAUCUCAAUGGACUAUACACCAUCUUUGGCAAAGUCAUUCAUGGCUUCGAAGUUCUUGACAUCAUGGAAAAGACUCAAACAGGUGCGGGAGAUAGGCCGCUUGCUGAGAUAAGGCUAAACCGUGUGACAAUCCACGCCAAUCCACUUGCUGGUUAAUAUGUCACAAUGCUUGAACCUAAGCCCCUGUUAUUCGUUUUCAACCUAUUAAAAAGCUUGUACUGGAUUUUUUUUUUUUUUCUUUAAUGAAUUAUCACUCGCUUUAGAAAUCCAUGUCCUGAGAGAGUUUCAAAGUUUUAGAAACGUACGUGACCAUUAAAAGAGUAUCUAUCUAUUAUUGUGUAAUAAAAUUAUGGAAGCUUGUUGUUCUACACAGUGGGCCAUCAUCAAAAUUCAUUGAGGCCUACAAAAUAAUGUAAAUGGGCUCUGUGGUAAAUGAAAUCCAGUCUUGUUGACA